UAUAAAAUUAAUAACGCGACCCAUGACAUGGCUAGCUCCAAACUUUUAUUACAUAAUAUAAUAAGAAAAUAAUCAUGGAAAGAAUUCUAACAGAAUACAAUUUUUAGUGUUCAGAAAAAGAAUUCGGGCUAUACGACGCAUAUAUAUUUUAUAAGUAAUUUAUAAGAAGAGAAAACGCUAUGCGGAGGUCCCCGACUAUCAGAUUCCCGUUACUAAGCAUGUGGAAGUGCAAAAUUUUUCUGGCAUUUCGACUUGUGGGCCAAAGUAUUCUUGGUAUGUAAGAAUUUGGCAAGACAAAUAAUUAAGAGAGUAAGAAUCAAAAGAUUUUUCAAAAGUGUGGGCGAGGCAAAUUUGGGCAUGCUUAAUCUUUCCAGGUUUCCUAAGAUGGAAGCGUUCAUACGGACAGACGGAACAGACAGACGGGGAUGGCCAGAUCUCCUUGGCUAUUGAUCCUGAUCAAGAGUAUAUAUACUUUAUAUGGUCGGAAACGCUUUCUUCUAUAUAUUUUAUUCGCUAUAUUUUGGUUGAAUGACCGUGGGAAGAGGUUUAUUGGCCCUGGUACAGUGCCAAAUCUUGUUUUUUUUUCAGGUUACUAUAUUCCUUUCAAUUUUGAAUAGAACUGUAAGCACAUUUUGAAUGGGAGCUUUACAUCUCUUAGACCUAUGUAACAUUUACUUUUCUGUAAUUUUUAAACUUAACGUAAGGUAAACGUAUUUUUUGAAAUGGUUACAAUUCAGUUAAUACUGCAGACAACUCUUGAAAAAUAGUAUUAACACCACUCUACUUAAUAGGGCUGCACACGCAGUGAUGUGUGUUUGUUUGCCUGUCUGGCAACCAUAUAACUUCGCCGACAGCUGACUUCACAUGUAACCAUUUCGUUAUAAACAAGCAAUUUAAGUAAUACGGCAUUGGGGAAGAGUCAUGCUAGAAUUUAGUCGAAGCUUGCUGCGCUGGCGAACCCGAAGCUGUAGCCGCAGAGUCUCUACGUGGACGCCGCUGGCUAUGGCGUUUAAUGCGCCUCCGGCGAGGCGGAUUAACUUUACCCACGACGAUGUUGGCCUUUUUGGCAUGCCCGAGCUGCGAAGUUUUGAGGGUUUCUAUCUUCUACGAGACAAUGUGGAAAGCCGGACGCAGGAGCUUAUUUCAGAAGCCAUCUCCGAUCAACGACGUCGGAAGAUGGUCGACAUUUUUGACGAGCUUUCUGACUCAUUGUGCAAGGUGGCGGACCUCGCAGAGUUUGUACGAAUUGCGCAUCCUCAGAGCAGGUACACACAAGCAGCAGAGCAGGCGUGCAUAAGCAUUUGCGGAAUGGUCGAGAGCCUUAACACGCAUAAGCCCAUCUAUAAGGCCUUAAGCCAAGUGGUGGAUCAUGGGGACAAGAUGCCCACCAGCGAAGUGGACAGGCAUGUGGCACGUUUGUUCCUUUUCGACUUCGAGCAGUGUGGGAUCCACUUGCCCGAGGAGGAACGUAUGCGCGUUGUACGGCUAAACGAUUAUAUUCUUCAGCUAGGCCAGAAGUUCAUGAGUGGAGCCGUCCAACCUAGUGUUCUUCCGAGCAGCCAAGUCCCUGAAUCCUUUCGCAACUACUUCCCUUCCUCCGGAGAAAAUGUAGUUAUCACUGGACUGUGCACAAACGCAGAGAAAGUCGAGAUGCGGGAGGCUGCCUACCGGUUGUACCUGCAACCGUCGAAGAGCCAGGAGGAUCUUCUCCGAGACCUGCUUCUUUGUCGGCAUGAACUGGCGCGUAGCUGUGGCUUCGAUACAUAUGGCCACAGGGCCCUGAAAGGUAGCACGAUGGAGAAGCCCGAGGUGGUCCGAGAGUUUAUCAACGAGUUGUCAGAAAAGCUGCGACCGCGCGCUAAUUCCGAUUUUGCCCGGAUGUCACAAAUGAAACGCAGCGAAGGCGGAAAGGCGGAUGCAAGAACCGAAGUUUGGGAUACACCGUAUUAUACCAACCAGCUGAGGCGGCAAUUAUUUGAGGAGCAUGCCAACGAGUUCCUGCCAUAUUUCUCCCUUGGCGGUUGCAUGGAAGGUCUGGACAACUUGCUGCAUGCGCUUUACGGCAUCCGUUUGCAAAACAUAGAUUUGAUGCCAGGCGAGGCAUGGCACAACGACAUCUACAAGCUUGCCGUAGUCCACGAGACGGAAGGACUGCUGGGCUACAUUUACUGCGACUUCUAUGAGAGAAUGGGCAAGCCAAAUCAGGACUGCCAUUUUACCAUUCAGGGCGGCAAGCGUAUGCCGGAUGGCUCCUACCAGCUUCCCGUGGUAGUUGUAAUGCUGGGUCUAGCACAACCGCGUUGGAAGGGACCAACGCUGCUGUCACCAGCGCGAUUGGACAACCUAUUUCACGAAAUGGGCCAUGCAAUGCACUCGAUGCUAGCUCGCACCGAGCACCAGCAUGUGACAGGAACGCGCUGUUCCACGGACUUCGCUGAGGUUCCCAGUGUACUCAUGGAGUACUUUGCGGGCGAUCCCCGUGUACUGCGAACCUUUGCCCGUCACUUUCAGACCCACGAACCAAUAUCCGAGGAUAUGCUAAGACGUCUGUGCGCUUCCAAGAACCUGUUCGCAGCAAGCGAGACCCAACUUCAGGUGUUCUACUCAGCGCUGGACCAGGAAUAUCACGGAGCAUCGGCUAGUCAUGGCAGAAGUAGCACAGAAACCCUGCGCUCAGUACAGGAUCAUUACUACGGCCUUCCUUACGUAGAGAACACUGCGUGGCAGCUACGAUUUUCCCACCUUGUAGGCUACGGAGCCAAGUAUUAUGCCUACCUUGUUUCGAAAACAAUCGCUUCGUGGAUCUGGCAGACGUACUUUGAAGCCAACCCAUUCAACCGGCAGGCUGGUGAGAAAUAUCGCGCCGAAAUUCUUGCUCAUGGAGGAGCAGUGCCCAGCCGUAAGCUGGUGGCCAACUUUCUGCAGCGCGAGAUGACACCCAGCGUUUUGGCCGAAAGUCUUAUCAAAGAGAUUGACGCCGACGAGUCAAAAAUCAAUGACCUUAUGAUCAGCAGAAGUUAAUACAAAAAAUCAUAAAGCUGAAUCUACCUCUUUUUGUAUUAUACUUAGUUAACUUUAAUGCCGUUUUGGAAUUUUUAAUAUUGGCAGUAUUUUCAGGCUUGCCCCAGCGCCGGCAUCAGCUCAACACCCACGAACUCCUUGGCCAAACGCACUCCCAAAAAGAACAGUCCGUAGCUCUUGACCAGCAUCCUGCAUGGGAAAUAACAAAGGUACCGAUUACAUAAAUUCGUAUUGAUUGCAAUUACGAGGAAUGUAGGCACGCUCACCAUUGAAACUCAUUGUUGUAGAUGCUUCGCACGAUGUUCAGGGGAUUUGAAGACUUCACCAUUUUGAUUAAAUUUCUUCGGAUUUUGUAAUUUUCAGCUCGAUUUCGUUAUACUGUAUUUAGCACGAGGAAAUGCUGACAGCUGUGAACGAAUGAUUCAGCCCUGACGUUAUGCUUUCCAUUCGGUAUUUUUUGUUAAUUUUUGUAUUCAACAGAGUGGUAGCACUUGUAAAUGGCGCAAAACAUUUGAGAUGGCUGAAAAUCCUAAAAUCGAAAUUUUGGAGUUACAUUUUUUCAUGUCGCGGUCUUGUUUUACAAAAAAUUGCAAGCAAUACAAAUUAAUUACUUUAGAAUAAAUCAAAAGGAAUUAUACUUUGUCUAUAUGAUUUAAUAUAACUCAACUAAUUUAUUAACACUAUCUAA